UCAUUUUGAGCAAUAAGCAUCCUAAUGAAAGCCUCUUCUUUGCAGAUUAAAAGUAGAAGAGAGACUUCCUUAACAGCAGUAGCUUUUCAAGAUCACAUUGCAAGAGAAUUCGGUUUAAUAAGAGAAAAACAGCAAGGAAACAGUCACCGAACGCAAUUGACACUAGCUCAAAGGUUAGGUCUUGUUGCAUCUCCUCCUGCUCCAUUAACUGACACACAGUGGGAUAAAGCAAAGGAGGCUAGCAGAAUUAGGGGAGACUCCUCUCAACCUUGUCCAAUAUGCCAAGACGUGUUUGGGUUACAGAAACAAGUUUUGCUUUCAUGUACUCACACCUUCCACAAGGUGAGUUCCCUAUCUCAUACUCAUACUCUCAUACUUCCAUGUCUCAUACUCUCAUACUUCCAUGUCUCAUUCUCUAGGAUCCAGUCAGUAUGGAAAGGAUAUAAAGUACGGAAAUGGUUUAACAAAUACCGUGAGACACACCCUCCCUCUCACCCUUUGCUACGAGCAAAAUACUACAAGAAGAAAUUUACAAGUUUAACAUCAGAGAUACUAGGUGUUAGUUCUACCACAGAACAAGCAAAUAACUUAUUGAUAUCUGUUAACGCUGACCUGGAAGAAUCAAGAAGAACAAUGAGGUCACUUGAACUACAGCUCCUUGAUCCAAACUGGGACAGUGCCACUAUGAAGGCAUCACAAUACACAACUACAGACUGUGUCAUCUGUCUUGCUCCCCUCUCUCUCCCUCGUCCCCUAACUGUCCUCUCUUGCUCCCACCUCUUCCAUACAACCUGUAUCACCUCACUAGAAUCAUUCACCAGCGACUACACCCUUCACUCUUGCCCCAUAUGUAGAUCACCAUAUCUCAGCAGGGCUUACACUACUAGUAGUAAUGAUGAUUAACUUGAAACAGCAACUAAACAGUAUUGGCUCGAACAACAUAAACAAUAAUAAUAUAUCAUGUGGUUGUUGUUGUUAUUGGAUUAAUAAUUACACAGGAAACAGUGCCAUUGGUAUAAUACAGGGCACAAUCCUGUAUGGACG